UUAUUUUAUGCUUUUGGAUCCUUUCAGCAGCAAUAACAAAUUGGACUGUGAAACACAACUAGUAUAGGUAUGUGAGACAUUUUGAGGAGGCAUAAUUUUGAUCACAUGUACUAACCCCCAUACAUAUAUGUGUAGAAUCCUUGCAUAAAGAGCAACUCAGCCAUAAUUUCCUCAUGACCAUUCAAUAUGAUGCAGUGUCAGUUUUUUUUUGUCAAACUUCUUGGUGUUCAGGCAUAUAUUUUUGCUGGCAGGAGAACAUUGUGAGGGUUCUAUGGUGGUGGAAUCAUUUGGAGUCAAAAGUUUUGAGGAGAACCCCUCAAAAAUAUAUUUGGUAGCGUGUCAACCCAAAUUCUUUUGCUCCAUGCAUAGGGUUUGGUUCACCUCCACCCAGUUUUUGGUCACAUCAGGAGACUGCUGAUGGUGUUUUGUGAUUGAUACCAGAUAAGGAAUCCUACCUACAUACUGUACAUAAAAGUACAGUAUUAUGUCAUAGGCACAAUUCACUGCAGUAAAUUCAUUGCAGUACUACUGGUUUCUACCAUACUAGAGUACUGCUGAUAUUCUUAGAGAGACAGUAUCAGCAGUAAGCUCAAAAUAACAGUAUUAGUAGUAGUUAUUCUACCCAUAGACCAACGUUGAGUUCAACAAGUCUGUCAAAUGAGUACUUUGAUGUGACAACUAUUUAUAUUCUUAUCAAUAAUUCAUAUGCCUGUGCUAUUUUAUAAAAUCAAGUACUGAUAUUCCUGGAGAGAUUUUACAAGCAGUAAACUAAUAAUACCAGUAUUAGUGUUACAAUUCUGGCUAGAGACCUAUUUUAAGGUCAAUGAGGGUUUUGUCAAAAAUGGGAGCUAGGUGACUUCAUUUAGCAUCACAUUUCCCCCUGCUGGCUGUAUUAUUUGAUAUUAGUAAUCUUUGAUGUUUGAGAGUACUGAACCCAAUACUGACAAAAUACCAGCAGUAUUGCUGGGAAGGGACCAAAAUCAUUAGUAUGAGGGCCUUAGUAUGAUCUUCUUUGUCAACAAUAUGCACUUUUCUAUUUUUUUAGCUUUACAUUGCAACAAUAUGCACUUUUCUAUUUUUUCUAGCUUUACAUAACCCCCAUGGCACCAACAGACAGGCCAGGAUGACUGUAUCUUGCUAUGAAGCUUAUCUAUGAUAAUACAGAAGAAAUGAUAUCCUAACAAUGCAAAUACUAGUAAUUGACCAGCAGGAACCAAAUCAAUAUGAGAGCCAUAUCUUUCUCAAAAAUGGGAGGUACAUCAUUAAAUUGGCAUCACAUUGUAUCCCCCCUUGGUACCACCAAUAAAGAAGAAUGUGUAUGUUGGAAAAUAUACUACUCUCACAAUGCAAAUACAAGUAAUUGCUGUCCUGGGAACAAAAACACUAUGAGCACCACAGCUUUGCCAAAAAUGAGACUUAGUAGGUGAUUAUAUGUAGCAUCACAUACCUUCCAUGGCACCAAGGGACGAGGACAAUAGUAACAAUUAGGAAUGAAUCUUGUUAUGAAGGUCAUCUACUAUGAUAUUUUGGAAGAAACAAGUUAGUGCAAAGCACUAUGAGGGCCACCAUAACUUCUUACUAGUCAAAAAUGGGAGUUAGAUGACUACUACAUUUACUAGUAUCACAUACCUCCCAGCAUGGCACCAAUAGGAGCUGGUAGUACUAGUAGUACCACUAGUAGAGAGGAAUAUAUCCUGCUUUGUUAUUAUUCAUCUGGUGUUGAACAGGCGGGGACUUGUUACAGGGACAAUCCCAGUACUACUAGUAUUUGCUCAGCAGAAAGAACCAGACAUAGUAGUGGUACGUAGUAUUACUAGUACCAGCAGUACUAGGCACCAGGAUAUCCAUGAUAACUUCUUCUUAGUAAAAAAAGGAGUUAGAUGACUAUGCUAUUUAGCAUCGCAUACCUGCCUUGGCACAGGGUUGUAUCUUGCUAUAAACCUAAUAUAUUUAUUCAAUCUGUAAGGGAUCAGUGUACACAGUAUUCAGUAUUUGUGUCAACAUGGUACUACCAUAGUACUGUACUAUGGUCUUGCCGUACCAUAUGUACAUACAAACACUCGUGUAUGAUAGUCUGUCCUUUUUCGCCGUCACGUUUUUUGACACGUUUCUCCAUUUUUUCCUCAUAAGUAACAUGGGAUACGUUUUGAAACGUCAUUUUUGAUAAGCCUUCAUGACAGUAAAACGUGCUUUGAAGUAUUCUCUUAUGACACGUAGAUUUCAUGGGCUCUGUCUGCUUGUGCUCAGAAUUCGAAGGUCUCGUUGUUGAGAAACAGUGCAUCGAGUUUUGUAGUCGCGCGCGUACCAAAAGAUGGUGUAAUCUUUUCAAACCGGCCGGUACAACAUAUGGCCUACGGUAUGUAGUGGCCUGGAGUUUUGUUCUUUUUUGUUACCUGAUGGGACGGCAUCGAAAAACCAAUUUUCGAGAACCGAGACACAGACAGCCGAGUGAGACCAGAAGUGUGAUUCGUCCGUGGCCAUGGAGGCAUUGGGCUGUGCCAAUCCGAACGAUGGCGAUGAUAGCAAAGGCGCUGUUCUGGGCCCAGCAGACCACCGAGAUCGAGAACCGUCCACGGACAACGCCAACGAAAACACCACGCAAAGUGCUAGCAGCAGUUCUUCUUCUGCUUCUCCCGGCACGUCCCGGGACGCAAGCAUCAAUAGCUUCGACAUCGACAUCGACAUCGACAUCGACAUCAACAACGACAUCGACGAUCGACCUCCGUCCCAGGGGACGAUGGCAGCAUUGGUAGCAGCUCCCAUCGUGUUCACCGAACGCAUCGCCGAGGCCUGCACCAGCAGCAUCCUUCUGGAACAGCUCCUCUUUUUCCUGGCCGGGCUGGGAUCCUCGAUUGGCUACAUUUCCUCUCUCUCGAGCCUGGUGUACUUCAAGCUGCUCUUCGGGCCCGAUUCCUUCGUCUACCUGAACUGUGCAGUCUUUUUUCCCCUCCUGCCCAUCAGCCUGGCGCAGGCGGCCUGGGAUUCGGUCUUUGACGCAAUCUACCAGAGCCGCGUCACCUUUCUGGUGCGCGCCGUGGUCGGCUUCGGGUUUGUGGUUGCGGGGACCUUGGGCAUGGCCGCAUUCGGCCGGCAGCACCCAACCGAUUCGAUCGAGGUCGAAACYGAAGACGAACCACCGCCGCAUCUCCACGGCCUGUCGUGGGUCAUCGCCAGUGCCCUGCUGCAGGGCAUCGGCGGCGCCGUGCUCUUUGGACAGCUCAACCAGCUGGCCUCCAUUGUUGGAAACCUCCACACCGCCGSGGACGUCYACGAUACCCUGCCCAAGAAAUUCAAGGCGGCGGUCUCCGCGGGGGUCCAGGCCUCCGCCCUCGUGGUCCUGGCGGUGAGCGUCUCGAGCGGCUUUGGGACCAUGAACGGCGAGCGGUUCGCUCCUUUUUGCMAAUCGAUCGUCUACGCCGAGGUCUUCUGUUUCGGGGCCGGCCUGUGGCUCCUGGUGGCGAGGCCCCGCGUCCGGGUUUCRAUGCAGCGGAGGGACGCUUCCAUGACAAACCUGGCGGCGGCGGCGGAGGUGUCGGAUCCGUCGCCAUCGUCGUCUUCUUUGUCAUCCCCAUCCGAGCUUGAAGACUUCAACGAGCKCUUGUCGCUGCUGCCAGGCAAUCCAAACCGGGAUGGUCUCCUUCUUCGGCAACUGCUUCCGCAGGAACAGCGGGUGGGCGACAGCCACACCGUUGCAGAACUAUCCAUUGCGCAGCUGUUCUAUUGCAGCCGUUCCCCGUGCUACGGWAUGGCUCUGGUCCUUGUCCCCUCCUUUCUGGUCGGAUCGUGGUUUACACACGUYCAGACCGACUGGAUGGAGCUGGCCCAGAUCUUGUUCUACACCCGCAUCGGGAGCGACCUUGCGGGCCGAUUCGCUACCAUCCUGGUUCCGCCGUCCUCCAUGCGCUGCGUGCUGUGGGUGGCGGGGCUCCGCUGGAUCCUCGUCGUCCUCUUUUUUCUAAACKCGGRGAAGCGGAUCGGGGCCCACCGCGGGGAGGGAGCUGCGRAGGCCCCUAGGGACGACUCCCUGCUGCUACGGGGGAGCCCGGGGGAGGUCCAAGCCAGUGCGGCCUGGGAAGCCACUGCCACCGCUCCAACCCAGACGCAGCGCGAUUGUCUCACCAUCGCUCUGGUGGCAACGAUCGCCUUUUUCUCGGGCUACCUGGUCACCUCUUGCUACCAGCUGGCACCCCAGCUGCUUCCGGGGACUCCCGAGCAGCGGGCCGCGAACGCGGCCAGGCAGGCGAGCUUGCURACGGUGGCCUUUUCCGUGAGCGCGAUCGCCGGGCUGGUCACGAACUUUGUCUUUCUCGCAAUAGGGGUGUAGCGCGAACCGAUCGAUCGAUYAGGUCACGGUCACGAAUAGCUAUAAAACAAUGUAUGAUGA